AUGUGUGCGGACGACCACAAUCGCGCGUAUUCUUCAACUCUUACUCUAGUUAGUUGCCCUCUUCAGGAGAAGCAUUUUUUUCGUGAACCUCAUAAAGAAAUCCAAAUCAUAUGGGUUAUCAGACUCACAUCAAUACUCACACCAGAGGUCAUACAUCCGUGAUUCAUUUUCAU